CGACUCACGAAAUCGCCGGUAUCUGAUCGGAGAUUCUUGGUUGCCAAGGCUUGAUCAUAGAAAGUUAAGAAAGAAAUGGAAAGCACAGUGACAUACGAGAGCGAUCUCAACCUCAAGGCGACGGAGCUGAGAUUAGGGUUGCCGGGGACGGAUGACUCUGAGAAAGAUAAGCUCAUGGCUCCUGCUGCAGUCAGGAUCAAUAAGAGACCGUUGUCUGGGUCUACUGAUGAGUCCAAGAGCGCUUCCUGCGCUUCUGAUGCAAGAGAUGGUGACCGGGAAACCGCGCCGGCGGCCAAGGCACAAGUAGUUGGAUGGCCGCCAAUUCGAUCUUACAGGAAGAAUAGCUUUCAACCUAAGAAAACUGAGGCCGAAGCAUCUGGAAUCUAUGUUAAAGUGAGCAUGGAUGGAGCUCCUUAUCUCAGAAAGAUUGAUCUCAAGCUCUACGAAGGUUAUCCUAAGCUCCUCAAGGCCUUGGAGGAUAUGUUCAAGUUCACCAUAGGUGAAUAUUCAGAGAGGGAAGGAUACAAUGAUUCAGAGUAUGUACCUACUUAUGAAGACAAAGAUGGUGACUGGAUGUUGGUUGGAGAUGUUCCAUGGGAUAUGUUUAUCUCUUCUUGCAAAAGACUCAGAAUCAUGAAAGGAUCAGAGGCUAAAGGCUUGGGUUCUUGUGCAUAAAAGCCUAGAGCUUGCUUGGCAAAAACAACCCACAAGAUAUAUAGGGAGAAGAGAAGACCUGUUCAUCUCAUAUCAACACAAACAGAUCUUUCUGCUUGGGUUCUCCAAGACUAC